UCUCUCUCUCUCUCUCUCUCUCUCUCUCUCUCUCGCAGCCAAAUCAAACAUAACUACUUUACCAAUGUGACUUUUAGACUGCUGGUCCAGGAUCAAUCACCAUUUUUACCAACUGAAGCAUGUAAAAACAAAACAGUCAAUAGAGAGUUUGUUGCUUAUUGCUGACUGCUUGGAUAAAAAAGUACAGGCCUAAUACUCAACAUGAUGUGGAAAUAUUCCGUUCUCUGCACCCUUUUGGGUGUGAGUGUGUGUGUGAGUGUGUGUGAGUCGCUCUCCCCUGCUCCUGAAGUGAUGUUCGGGGAGGUCAAGUCUCCUCUGUACCCCCAGCCCUACCCAGCUAGUGUGUAUAAGGAGUGGGAUCUGACCGUCCCCGCCGGCUACAAGAUCCAGCUCACCUUCACACACCUCGACAUCGAGCCUUCAGACGACUGCUACUAUGACUCACUAAUGGUGUUGUAUAAUGACAAAAUUUUGUGGAAGUUCUGCGGUCAAGCCAACUCUGCUGAUGGAAAUCACCCGGGCAACCAGCCUAUUUUGGCCCCUGGCAACCGCCUCCGCUUGAUGUUCCAAGCAGAUGAGACCAAUCCGGGCCUCCACAAGCACCUGGGGUUCUCUGUGUUCUACCAGGCCGUGGAUGUGGAUGAGUGUGCGGAGGGGGCGGAGCCAGGCAAGACCCCGCCCUGCUCCCAGAUCUGCCUCAACACCCUGGGCUCCUACUUCUGCUCCUGUCACCAUGGCUACGACCUCCGCGCUGACCAACGCACAUGCAUGCCGAGCUGCCAUGGCGGGGAGUUUGUGGAGCUGGAGGGCACUCUGAGCAGCCCAGGGUUCCCCGAGCCCUCCCCCCACGGCCUGCACUGCCUCUACAACAUCUCCGUGGAGCCCGGCUUCCUCGUCACGCUCAACUUCACCCACCACUUCCACAUCGAGCACAUCAACAACCCACAACCCUCCUGUCUCUACCACUGGCUGCAGGUGAGCAUCCCGGGCCGUGAGCCCAGGAAGCUGUGUGGGGGGGGGAGUCCAGGCCUCAUGGCCACGGGCUCCCACUGGGUCCAGCUGGAGUACCACACCGACUGGGCCGGCCUGAGCCGCGGGUGGAGCCUCCACUACACCACCCAGAGAGUGAAGUGUGAAAUUCCUAACGGCGUCGCUAACGGCCGGGUCACCCCUUCCCUGCCUGACUACCUCUACAAAGACUACAUCCACGUGCGCUGCAAUACGGGCUACAAGCUGAUGCAGGACGGAAAGGAGAUCGAGGCGUUUGGAUCCAUGUGCCAGAGUAACGGGAGAUGGCACAAGUCCCUUCCUGAGUGCCACAUCAUUGACUGUGGAAAUCCUGAGAUGCUGCUGAAUGGAAACUUCACUUUUGUCUCCAGCACGAAAAACAAUGAGUACCGCUCCAUCAUCGAUUACACCUGCAAUGAGCCCUACUACUCAUUUGACAAGAACCAUGGAGCUGUGCAGUUUACCUGUGAGGCUAAUCGCAAGUGGAAGCAAACCAGUAGCAAUGACGUCAUUCCUGUGUGUGUGCCAGUGUGUGGACGCCCAGUCAGGUCCUUUGAGACUCGCCAGAGGGUGCUUGGGGGGAAGUUGGCGCGCGCAGGGGAGUUCCCAUGGCAGGUGCUGCUCAAAGUGGGUGGCCGUGGAGGAGCAGCGGUCAUAGCGCCCCAAUGGAUCUUGACCGCAGCUCACAACCUGGCGCGUGCCUCAAUGAAUUGGCCAGAGUUGUAUGUUGGACACACUGAUGCUCACGAGAUAACAAAAUCACCCUCUCUUGAAGUGGAAUCCAUACACGUUCACCCCCAAUUCAAUAGCCGAGAAGGGAAUAGUAACUUUGACAAUGACAUCGCCCUCAUCAAGCUCAAGCAGCCAAUCACAUUUGGUGCAAAUGUUAUGCCACUGUGCCUACCUCCAGUGAAUGGCCAAUACAAAACAGGCAAAAUCGGGACUGUGUCAGGGUUUGGUGUCAAAGAGGGAGACAUAAUUGCCAAUGAGCUCAGGUACGUGCAACUCCCCCUAGUGGACCAAGACCAUUGUCGCACCUCCAUCGACACGAAAAGGACGCACAACAGCGACAUCUCCAUCUUCACUGGCAACAUGUUCUGUGCUGGAUUCCCUGAGGGCAGUAAGGACACGUGCCAGGGGGACAGUGGUGGGGCUUAUGUGUUGAAGGAGGACGACGGCCACUACUGGGCAGCUGGGAUUGUAAGCUGGGGAAUCAACUGCGGGGAAAAGGGCAAUUAUGGCGUAUACACCAGAGUUGCCCGGUACCUGGACUGGAUCACCAAGACCAUGGAGGAAAACACUAACCACACAGCCCUGUGUAGGUUGACGCCUGGCGUCGGGACUUUUGUCCACUGGAACAGGCACGUGGUCACUGCUGACCUGCUUGUGAUGAGUCCUCUUGUUGGACACCUCACACAGCUGCACGACUCGGACGACUAUGGAAGUGAUGAUGACCUCUACUAUUCGAAACGACUCGAUCCGGCUGAAGAUGAGCUAAAUGAAGACGAUUCAGAUACAGUAGAUAAGAUGUCAAGUGCCGAAUACAGCGGAGAGGAUGAACUCCGUAGUCCCCCAUCAUCAAAGAGACGCAGGUGUAGCAGUGCACGAGCAGCCAAACCAACGCCGCCGUGGAACACGGGGAAAGAUGUGGAUACGGAUCCACCAGAGCAGCGAUUCUACCCUUUACGGACCCCGGGUGUUCAGAUGAGUUUCACCGACACACACACCCCACUGGACUUAUUCAAGCUCUUCUUCUCCGAGAGGGCCGUCAAAACUGUGUGUGACAACACUAAUAAGCAAGCUGCCAGUAACGUUGCAAAAGGAUCCACAUACAAAUGGGUUGACGUCGGCGUUCAUGAGUUCUUCAAUUAUAUCGGACUGAUUUUUUACAUGGCCACAAUCAAGCUGGACGAGAUCAAAGAUUUUUGGCUGCAAGAUGACAUCUUCUCCAUCCCAUUCCCAGCCACUGUGAUGACCUGGGACAGAUACAGCUCAAUCACCUGGAACGUCAAAAUGAGCGAUCCACACAAGGACCAGGAAAACAACAAAAGGAAGGGAACACCAGGAUACGAUAGCCUGUUCCAAGCAAAACCUCUGCUGGACACGAUCCGGAACGCCUGCAAAGCCUUCUAUCACCCUCACAGGAAUCUAGUAAUGCAUGAUGGAGUGACUACAACCAAGAGCUUUAAGUUCUUUAUCCUCGCCGAUGCAAGCAAUGGCUAUGCUGUAGAUUUUGCUGUUUAUACGAGAAAGAGCGACUUCUUAACAGGAGAAGGGCUGUCCUAUGACUCUGUGAUGUCACUCAUGAACCGUUCCUACUUGGGUUCUGGGUAUCAUUUGUACACAGACAGUUUCUACACAAGCCCGAAGCUCUUCAGAGACUUGCUGGGACAAAACUUUGGUGCUUGUGGUCUGUACAGAGAGCACAGAAAGAACUGCCCUCGCAGCACGUCUAAUGCACUGGACAAGAGCUCCAGCAAAGCCGCCAUCAGAUGGAUCAGGGACGGGCCACUGGUGUUUGUGAAGUGGAUGGACAGGAAAGAGGUGUCCAUCUGCUCCACGAUCCAUCCAGCCUACUCGGGGGAGAAAGUACAGGGGUGGGUGAAGCCGAAGACUGGAGGCUCGAUGCCCAAGCUGUACCCAUGCCCCUCAUCUGUUGUAGACUACAACAGGUAUUCGAGCGGUGUUGAGGUUCCAUACCAGCUGAUCCAGUAUUACUCGACACAGCAUAACGAGAUGAGAUGGUACACCAAGUUGUUUUUGUACUUCCUGGAUAUCGCUGCAAUGAACGCAUAUACCCUCCAUAAAGAAAUGAUGGCCCAGCGACAGAAGACAACGCUGACCCACAAGGCCUUCAUGGAGGAGCUGACUGCACAGCUUUGUGGGGUGUCGAGCAAGGUCUCCCUGAAACGUGAAGGCUGUGAGCAUGUGCCUGUUCCAGUGGCCGCUCCCCGUCCUGAUGCCAGCAAGCGAGCUGCCUCUGCCCACAUGGCCUGCCUGAUGUGCAAGAUUGAUAACAGGAAGCAGAGCACGCCAUGGAAGUGCAAGUGCACAGAUCUGGCGGCCGUGUGUCGGGUGAGGCUUGCCGUCGGGACGCGGCUCCACCACGGGAACAGGCACGUGGUCACUGCUGACCUGCUUGUGAUGAGUCCUCUUGUUGGACACCUCACACAGCUGCACGGAUAUAUGCACCUCAUUAUCAUCAAACAUAUCAUUAUCAUGGAGUGCGUUCUAGGUAUGGACUUACUGGUAGAUUUCUUUGCAGACAUAAGUGUUUUGGAUUUUCCUACAGUAUUUGUUUCUCUCUCUGUAUGUGCAUGCGUACACUUUUUUGUAGUAUGUGGUCGUCCAAAAGUUAAUCUACAAAGCCACCAAAGGAUUUUUGGAGGGUUGAAAGCCCCUGCAGAAUCUGUGCCUUGGCAGGUGUUGUUGCAGACCAGUUCUGGUCGAGGAGGGGCCUUUGUGAUCCACGACCAGUGGCUCCUCACUGCAGCUCACAAUCUUGUGGUGUCUCAAAAAAUUGAAAACCAAAAAUCCUUGAAGGGGUAUGUUGGGGACAACAGUAUCACCAAAAUGCUAGAGGAGGAAGCGCAUUCUCUGGAAGUGCAGGCUGUGCGUGUUCAUCCCUUGUAUAACAACCCGGAUGGCUCUAACUAUGACCAUGACAUCGCCUUGAUACAGCUCAAGCGCAAGAUCACGUUUAACUCCAGAGUCAUGCCGCUGUGUCUGCCGUCCGCAGAAGACCAGUACAUGACUGGACGCAUGGGGAUGGUGUCAGGGUUCGGAGUAACAGAAAAUGACACAGUGUUGCCAGAUCUCCGGCUUGUUAAACUCCCCCUAGUGGAGCAGAAGGUAUGUGAGGACUUUGCCAGAAGUACAUCCUUACCCAGAGAGCCCGUCUUCACGGAGAACAUGUUCUGUGCAGGCUUCCCGGAGGGGGGCAAGGACUCCUGCUCUGGCGACAGUGGCGGGGCUUUUGCUUUUGCACAGGAUGGGCGCUUCUGGGCUGCCGGGAUUGUUAGCUGGGGUGUGGAUUGUGGGAAACCAGGACAUUACGGAGUGUACACCCGCAUUUCAAAAUACAAUGACUGGAUACACAAGAUCACAAGCAACCAAUUCGCAGAUUGUGGAGACCCAAAGCCUUUGCUGAACGGCCGAGUGGCAUUUCUCUCCAUCGCUAAGCAGCAGUACCUGUCAGUCAUCGAGUAUCAGUGCAAUGAGCCCUACUACUCUCUCCAGGGAGCAGACAGAGUGCGCUACACCUGUGCAGCAGAUGGAGUUUGGAGGGACAGGAACAACAGUGACAUCAUACCUCCUUGUGUCCCAGUAUGUGGUCGUCCUGAGACAGUAAAGAAUGGGGCUGUGCCUUGGUACGUCUCUGUGAGCGUGGACGGAGGUAGAGGAGCAGGAGCUGCAAUAGGGGCCCGAUGGAUCCUGACUGCAGCCAGCAGCCUGCUGCCCAGAGGGGCUGCCUCCACCACCACACGGCAGGUCAAGAUAUCCAUCAAUGGAUCUGCUUUUGAGGUGACAGCCCUGCAUAUUCACCCCUUGUACAACCAGUCCAACAGCCUGACUUAUUUCAACCACAACAUUGCCCUGGUCAAGCUGAGGAGUCCCAUCACCUUCAAUGCUGAUGUUGCCCCCCUGUGUCUUCCCACAGAGAAGUCUGAUCGUCCUGGGCUGAGUGGUUUGGUAUCAGCGUCCCCAUCCAACUCCAGCAAUCAUCAGGGAAUCUGGCUCCCUCUAGUGGACAAUGACAGGUGUAGCAGCAGCAAGUCAGCGGCCCUUUCUGCCCAGACCCUGUGCUCUGAGGGAGCGAGGUCUCUGCUCAGCAAUCACAUGGGGGCGGCGCUCGGGGUGGAGGAAGACGGCAGGUUUGGGGCAACGGGGGUCCUCAUUCAGACCGUAGCCAAUCAGGAAGGGGGUUCGUAUGGAGUUUACACCCGCGUUUCUCAGUAUCACCACUGGAUCCGAGACACUAUACAGAAACACUACUGUGAUCACCCAGAGCUGCCCAACAUGCUGGAGCUGGUGGACCAGGACACACGCUAUGAGCAGCACAGUGAGCUACAGCUGCAGUGUUCCUCUGAGUACUACAGCCUGCAAGGAGAAGAGAAGUACACGUGUGCGGCCGAUGGAAUGUGGAGGUCUGGGACUGGACGUUCCGUUUGGCCAACCUGUGUUCCAGUGUGUGGGAUCACCGAGGUGCCCCCCCACAGCAGUGCUCGUAUCCUGGGGGGGCGGGCGGCCAGGCCGGGGGCGGUGCCCUGGCAGCUGCUGAUGAAGACGCCGCACCGCGCGGGGGCCUCCCUGCUCAGUGACCAAUGGGCUCUCACCACCGCCUCUGUGGUGGACGGACACACCGAGCGCAACCUCACCUUCUACGGCGGCAUGGUCGACAGCCUGGACCGCAGACAAGUCGUCAUGGUGAGCGAGAAGGUCAUCCUUCACCCUGACUACCAGCGGGGUCUGUCCGACGACGCACGCACCAGUUACGACAACGACAUCGCCCUGGUCAAGCUCUCCUCCAGGGUGAGGCUCGGCCCGGCUCUCCGCCCCGUGUGCCUGCCGGAGGGGACGGCAGGUGGCGCCGCCCUGGAGGGGAAGAUGGCCACUGUGUCGGGGUUCGGCACCUGGGAGAAGGGCCUGCGGAGCCGGAAACUCCGGCACGCCCCCAUCAGAGAGUAUUCCCGGGAGCAGUGUGCGGAGACGCCCGUACACGGGCCGCAGCAGCAGCCAAUGGCCUUCACCCACAACAUGUUCUGCGCCGGGCUGGAGGCGAGCGACAGCUGCCAAGGGGACAGUGGGGGGCCGCUGGUCCAGCCCAUGGUAGGCUUGCAGAGGCCAGGGCAACUGUAUCGACUGAAGGGCAUUGUGUCCUGGGGACCUGUGUGUGGAAAUAAGACAUACUACACCAAAGUCCAGAACUACCUGGACUGGAUCACGGAGACCAUGGAAAAGGAGUAGUAUAGGGCAGUGGAAAAUGUUACAUUUGCCCUCAUAAAUUGUUUUAAUGAAUACUAGGAUUAAAUGUAAUGGAAUUGAUAUAUGGGACACUUUUAGAGACUAUUGCCACAUAAGCCCCCCAUAAGCCUGCAAUGGAGCAGCAUAGGCUCUGGUUGAA